AUGGGCAUAUCGGAUGAGGGCAAGCUGCUAGGGACCGAGGACAUACCUCAUGAAGCUCGGCCACCCCAGGGCAGUCCACUGGAGCGCUGCAGCAGUGGAACGGGGGGCUCGAGCACGCCCGGUGCAGGAAGCCACCUGAUGAGCAGCCCCGGUCGGGACCCGAACAGUCCGCUGUCCGAUCAGCACAGUGAUGACGGGAACGACGAUUACACACCAAAGAGAAAGCAGCGACGGUAUCGGACCACCUUCACGAGCUUUCAGCUGGAGGAGCUGGAGAAGGCGUUCUCGAGGACCCACUAUCCGGAUGUGUUCACGAGGGAGGAACUGGCGAUGAAAAUCGGGCUAACCGAGGCACGAAUACAGGUUUGGUUCCAGAAUCGGCGGGCGAAAUGGCGCAAGCAGGAGAAAGUCGGUCCACAGGGGCAUCCUUACAACCCGUACCUGACCGGCGGGGGUCAAGUCCCGUCGGCAACCGUCGUGGCACCAUCGCUACCUCCGAAUCCGUUCACUCAUUUGGGAUUCAACCUACGGAAGCCCUUCGAUGCUGCGAGCUUAGCGGCGUUCCGUUACCCAACACUGGGAGGUGGCCACGUGCUGCCGUCGGCAUAUUUUAAUCAAUUUCACAGAUCGCCGCCCCCGCAUCUGCUGCCGCCUGGAGUCGGUGCCCUCUACACUCCGUCGACGUCGUUUCAAACGCUGCUGGCGAACAUAUCAGCCGCUCAACGGGCGCCGCCGGUAAUGCAAUCGAAACCGUCGCCACCGGGCAGUGUCACCAGUUCCGAUUAUAUGACGGCUCCACCUCAGGAUCGGCGCAGUUCGUCGAUAGCGGCCUUACGGCUGAAGGCCCGCGAGCACGAACUACGACUCGAAAUGCUUCGCCAGAACGGACACAGUGAUAUCAUUAGCUAA